AUGUGCAGUGUAUAGCAGUAAGCCUGUUUCGUGUUCCGACUUAUUACACAGCAGUAUUACCCCUUUUCCACUAGUAUCUACUGGGGUGGCGCGCCUGUCGCCCGUGUGUUUUGCUAGUCAUAGGCUUCUGUACAGAGAUGGCAAGAGAGCCGUAGCAGACUGAGGGGCCUGCUCGGCUAAGGAUUUUACUGACAACCGUUGCGUUAGCACACAGCCAAGACACAGAGUGUAGGAAAGUAGAGGAACAGCGAGCAAGUGGCACCAUGGGACACGGAGUAGGCUGAACCGGAGGGUCUAGCAGCACACACCAGUUGUUUUCCACUGUGGUGUAUGACAUGGCCACGGCCUCAUCUAGAGCAGAGACUAGCCAUAACCACAGAGGAACGUCACAACUCUAUGCCAUUGUGUCCUGUGCCAAACUCAAGAGGAAGAAGAGUUCCCUGUUUGGGACUGCCAUUUAUGUGGAGGUGACAGCUGAGGGGGAGACGCGGCGCACUACAAAAUCUCAUAGCUCCUCCAAUCCUAAAUGGGACGAGAGGCUCACUUUGAAUGUAACUCCACACACACAGGUGGAUUUCAAAGUUUGGAGCCACCACACCCUGAAAGCAGAUGCUCUGCUGGGCAAAGCCACGCUGGACCUCACUCGAGCCUUGGAAGACCAUGACAGAAAAUUAGAGAAUGUGAAGGAAGUGCUGAAGCUGAGUGCGGAGCAGAAGGGGGUGACGGUGCCCAUGGGGGAGCUGACUGUGUAUCUUGAUGGACUCACUGUCACCAACCAGGAGGAACUAGCACCACUUACCAACGGCAAUGCACCAAAUGGCUCCAGUGAGCUCAGUGUUUAUGUCAGGGAGGUCCAACAGAAUGGUGACGCCAUCCAUGAAAACGGAGAUUCAUCUUCCUCAUCCUCAAGGGCUGCCAACAGCACAGUGAAUGGUACAGACUUGGGCCCAAGGUCAGGUUCCUGUUCAGCCUCCAGUGGUGCGGAUGGUCAGGUGCCUUCAAGCUCCUGCAGCCCUGCUCUUGGUCAUGUCGUCAACGGAGACUCCACAACCAACUCCACCCCUGUCCACCAACCCUCAGACAGUGAUAAUGAGAGUAGGAUGGUCAAUGGGGAGUCCUGUGAUGCUGCUGAAGGGCAGUCAUCUGCGACAAGAAGUGAUGUGCUGCCCUCUGGAAGUGACCACGAGGACUGCAUUCAGGAUGCUACCCUGCCAGACUCUGACACAGCACCAAAUAGCACAUCUCAACCCCCGCCUGCUUCCACAUCAUCGUCAACCUCUUCUGUUGCUGCUAAUUCUGCCACUGCCGUUGCUGCCUCCUCUUCUUCCUCCACAUUCACCUCUCCAAACCAGGGGGUCACCACGUCCUCGUCGUCAUCCUCCCCGGCGCCUGCUGAAACAAAUGCUUCAGGAAGUGGAGGUGGUAGUAAUAGUAGCAGUGCAACAGUAACUACAGAUGGGGCCAAGCCCAGGCAGCAGGUCCCCAAUACUGGAGCCUCAGAUCCUCUUCCACCAGGGUGGGAGCAGAGAAAAGACCCACACGGGAGAACGUACUAUGUAGACCACAACACCAGGACGACUACCUGGGAAAGACCACAGCCGCUACCACCAGGUUGGGAACGUCGAGUGGAUGACCGGGGUAGGAUCUAUUAUGUGGACCACAACACCCGCACCACCACAUGGCAGCGUCCCACUAUGGAAUCGGUGCGCAAUUUUGAGCAGUGGCAGAGCCAGCGCAGCCAGCUGCAGGGAGCUAUGCACCAGUUUAACCAGAGAUACCUCUACUCUGCAUCCAUGAUGUCUGCUGAAAAUGAUCCUCUUGGCCCACUGCCUCCUGGUUGGGAGAGGCGUGUUGACUCCAAUGAUCGAGUGUACUUUGUCAACCAUAACACAAAGACAACACAGUGGGAAGACCCUCGAACCCAAGGGCUACAGAAUGAGGAUCCUCUGCCUGAAGGUUGGGAGAUCCGGUACACAAGGGAAGGGGUUCGCUACUUCGUGGAUCACAACACCCGAACCACAACUUUCAGCGACCCCCGCACUGGAAAGUCUUCUGUCACCAAAGGCCCUCAGAUUGCAUACGAGCGCAGCUUUCGAUGGAAGCUUGCCCAUUUCCGCUACUUGUGCCAGUCUAAUGCUCUCCCAAGCCAUGUGAAGAUCACUGUCUCCAGGCAGACACUGUUUGAAGACUCCUUUCAGCAAAUUAUGGCCCUGAAGCCUUACGACUUGAGGAGGCGAUUGUAUGUCAUCUUCAGAGGCGAGGAGGGUCUGGAUUACGGUGGCCUGGCCCGAGAGUGGUUCUUCUUGUUGUCCCAUGAAGUGCUGAACCCCAUGUACUGCCUGUUUGAAUACGCUGGAAAAAGCAACUAUUGUCUGCAGAUCAACCCAGCGUCAGCCAUCAACCCCGACCACCUCUCCUACUUCUGCUUCAUAGGCCGCUUUAUUGCAAUGGCACUUUUCCAUGGCAAGUUCAUUGACACAGGCUUCUCUCUGCCUUUCUACAAACGCAUGCUGAACAAGAAGUUAAUACUCAAAGACCUUGAGUCCAUUGACCCAGAGUUCUACAACUCACUCAUAUGGAUCAGGGACAACAACAUCGAGGAAUGCGGUCUGGAGAUGUUCUUCUCCGUGGACAUGGAGAUCUUGGGGAAGAUCACCUCUCAUGACCUCAAACCCAAUGGUGCCAACAUCCAAGUCACUGAAGAGAACAAGGAGGAGUACAUCAGUCUAAUGGCAGAGUGGAGGUUCUCUCGUGGGGUGGAAGGUCAAACCAAAGCUUUUCUCGACGGCUUCAAUGAGGUGGUUCCACUUCAGUGGCUCCAGUACUUUGAUGAAAAGGAGCUUGAGGUGAUGCUGUGUGGCAUGCAGGAAGUAGACUUGCAGGACUGGCAGAGAAACACUGUGUAUCGUCACUACACCAGGAACAGCAAACAGAUCAUCUGGUUCUGGCAGCUGGUAAAAGAGGUCGACAAUGAGGUGCGACUACGGCUCAUGCAGUUUGUCACUGGAACCUGCAGGCUUCCUCUGGGCGGCUUUGCUGAGCUCAUGGGAAGUAACGGGCCGCAGAAGUUCUGCAUUGAGAAGGUGGGGAAAGACACGUGGCUUCCUCGCAGCCACACGUGUUUCAACCGUCUGGACUUGCCUCCUUACAAGAGUUACGAACAGCUGAAAGAGAAGCUGCUCUUUGCCAUCGAGGAAACAGAAGGAUUUGGCCAAGAAUAGAGGGAGGAGUCCUCUUCUAUUUCCCUUCCUCUCCCAUCGCUGUUUAUUCAGCCAAGAAAAACAAACUUAAAAAAAUUGCACAAGAUAACCACCACUGUAUAUAAGCUAUUUUGUCAUUUCAAACCAAAUCCUAAUUUGCUGCAUAAUUGUUGCUGCAGCCCUCUUCCCCCAGUCCCUAUAUAUCUAAAUAUAUAUCUAUAUAAUACACCUUCAUGAAAUAUGCAAGCGUUACAGCAUUUUGCUCUUUGUUCAAAAACAGAAAUCACUGAUAGUUUUGGGUUUUUGGGUUUUUUACACUUCCUCCACCACUGCUGACUGGCUUUUAAAAAGACAUUUAAAUUGUUUUUGAGAGGAUUUUAUAAAGUGCAGUCUCCUUUUAAAGCUCUAGUUCUAUAGGGCUUUUAAAAGGCUAGAUUAGAAGUAUCGGGGUCUGGUGCCUGAAAUUGUUGCUCCUGUCGGACUCAUAGUAAUUUUGCAAUUUUGGUGCACUUGCAUGCUGCCUCUAAAGAUGAGAAGACUGCUAUGCCCACCCUCCACCGCACACAUAGUUUUUAGCAUGGAUCUCUCCGUUUCUAAAUAAGCUCAUUGCUACCAUUAAAAAAAAAAAUGUAGCACUGCAAUUGGACUGAUUGGAAGCACAGAAACACCCAGUGUUGUUUUGUUCUAGUGUUUUUGCUUUUUUCCCUCAAUGAAAAUCUGGGCACCGGCCCAGAGACAGAACAUGUUUGGGGAAACAAGAGAGUGAUUUUUUUUUUUUUUUUUU